AUGGCUGAUAACGAUGAUAAUAUGAAUAAUGAAAAUGAUGAGAACGGAGAAAACCAGGAAGAAUAAGUGGAAGAGAGACCAGAAGAAGACCCAAACAUUAUAAUUUUAAAAGAAUAAGAGAAUAAAUUUGCUCAAGACAUAAGAGAAAAUCUAUCUAACAUAUAAAAAACAGCAAAUAACGGAUCAUAUGCUUAUGUUAAAUUAAAUUUGGCUGAAAAAGAAAUAGAGCGUAUAUUUCCAUUAAUAAGCAGUUAUACACAUUUAAGAUAUAUAGAUUUAUCAGGAAACUAAAUAUAAAACAUAGGUACAAUAGUAGAAUUAAAAUAUGUAAUAUAAUUAAAUCUAUAAAGAAAUUAAAUAAGAGAUUUGAAGAUUUUUAAUCCUGAAUCUGAUGAAGAAAUAUUGCCUUAUUUAUAAUUUUUGAGUUUACAAGGAAAUAAAAUUUAAAAAUUAGAACACUUGAAACUGAGUAAAAUUCGAAGAUUAGAAAUUUAAGAAAAUGAAAUAGUGGAAAUAGAUGAUAAUUUCGGAGGAAUCAAUUCUUUAGAAUAUUUAAAUAUAUCAUAAAAUAAACUAAAGAGUUUAAAAGGAAUAAAAGAUAUGUAAAAUUUAAAAGAGUUAAUAGCCGAAGAAAACGAAAUAGAAAACUUUAAAGAUUUAGAAAAUUUACCUAUGUUAAAUUAAUUAUCCUUAAGAAAAAAUUCAAUCAAAAAAAUUAACUUUUUAAUUCCAUCUUUAACAUCUCUUUAUCAUCUUAAUUUGGCAGAAAAUCUUAUUGAAGAUUUUAAAUAAAUUCUCAAAAUUCCGAAGCUAAAAUCUCUACUUUCUUUUAGCUUCAAUGGAAAUCCUUGUAAUGACACUUUAGCUGAUGCAGAUCCAAAAAUGGAAUUUUUUAUUAAAUUUGAUUAUUUUCUUAAAAUUAAUGAUGAACUUGUAAAUGAAGAUUUCUAAAAAGAAAAAAUUAGAGUUCUUGAAGAAAGAGAAGAAUAAAGAAAAAAAGAAGAAGAAGAAGCUAGAAUAGCUGCAGAAGAAGCUAGAAUAGCUGCAGAAGAAGCUAGAAUUGCUGCUGAAGAAGUAGAAAGAUAAGCAUAAGAAGAAGCUAGGCUUGCUGCAGAAGAACAAGCUAGGCUUGUUGCAGAAGAACAAGCUAAACUAGCUGCGGAAGAAUAAGCUAAGCAAGCUACUGAAGAAUAAGCAAAGUAAGAAAUUGAUGCUAAUAAUUAAGAGGAUUAAGUAUGA